GCCAAAACCAUUCGUGCGAGAUUAAUUUGAAGUUAUAUUGACUGUUGUCCAAUGCUGUUUGGCCCAUGAUGUUGCAUCUCAGCACUUCGGAACCCCACUGACUGCUUCGGCUCAAGAUCGAGCAUCGACCGAAGUCGCAAAAGGUUCCCGACCUCCGUUGCAUCGAUCGGUGGCGCAUCUGCCCCACUAACUGCCCUAUACCUACCUCGACUCGACUGAUGACCAUGGCACGCAAGGGUGGACCUUUGUCCCGCUUGGUAGUGGCCUCCUUGGCCUUGGCCUUUUCCUCCUCGAAGCUCCUGUGCUUCUACGCCGGCUCGCCUUCUUGCACGCCUUCCACCUGUUCCACGGAGCUCACGGGGCGCCCGGCGGUGGAUGGAAUCCCCAAGUCGCCCAAGGCUUGGCGUAAGGCCUUGCCACAUGAUGCUGUGCCCGUGCGGCAGGCCUUGCACUUGCACCGCUACCUGCAGCUCUGGAGGAUCCAUUGGAUUGGCCCUGAGAAUCUGGACCGCGCCGGGCUGCGCGUCACCGGCAUGGACACCUACGCCAUUGUGGCCUCCGUGUUGCUGCAAGUGAUCACCGGGUUCUAUGGCUCGGUGCCGGAGCCCGACGACACCGAUGAGCGUUUGAAAUACCCGAACUUGCACAGGCUGAUGUAUGAAGGGCAGAUGAUCUUUGCAGGCAUCUCAGUGGUAUGCAGCACCUACACCAUGGUCAUGUUCCUGUUGUGCAAGAGUUACUCUGUGAUGGCCUUGGGCAUGUACAAGGAUGUGUCCUAUGAUCUCUUUCAAGCGGCCUCCGGGAGAUUCCGCCUCCGCGCCUUCUGGAGCCUCAUCAUCGCCAUGCACAGCUUCUUGAUCUCCUUUGCCAUGAACCUCUUCACGCGCAUCAAGGGCAACCGAGGCUUGGCAUUCUUCUUCGUGGGAAUGCUGGGCAUUAUCCCAGUGGUCUUCGAUUGGCAGAUCAUCUAUCAGAUUGCGAAGAAGUAUGUGUACGCCUGAGAUCGCCUGAGUGCUUGACCGUAGAUAUAAUCAUUUGAAGGAUUGUCGCUUGAGCGACGCUGGCUGCGGAGGGCCUGCAUUCAUGGACUGGAUUUCAGAAUUUCUUGGAAGAUGGAAGAAAGGCGGCUCGAUUUGGCGCCA